UUCCAAGUGUGGGGAGAGUACAAGCAAGCAGGCUAUAUUGAAGCUGGUAGUACCUUGUGUCUAGCUAGCUUCUGCUAAUUAACCGGCCGGAGAGGAGAGGAGAAGGCCGUCGAUCCACGGACGGCAAUGGCGGAGACGGCGAUCACGUCGGUUCUGUCCAAGUGUGGGGAGUUGGCAACACGGGAGCUUGUGCGGGAGGCCAAGGUGCUGCUCAAGGUAGGCGACGACAUCAUGCUGCUCCGCGACCGCCUGGAGUGGCUGCAGGCCUUCGUCCGCGACGCCGACAGGAAGCGCCGCGUCGGCACCGACGACCUCACACGCAUCUGGGUGCGCCAGACGCGUGAUGUCGCCUUCGAAGUCGAGGACGCGCUCGACGAGUUCUUCCAUAAGGUGGAUCUAGACAUACAGGGUCGCCGAGGCUGGAAGUUAUGGCUCGGACACUUGAAUAUAAACCGGUUGGCCAUUCGACAUGUUCUCUCUAGUCAAAUUGAGAAAAUCAAGAGCAGGCUCGACCAAAUCUCAGAGAACCAAAAGGAAUACAACAUCGAGUAUGCACCAUCAGCGAUAUGCACAUCUGCCAACAUGGCCCUUUUAUCACGGGAGGAUCUACAGAAGGUCGUGGGCAUUGAGAAGGAUGCGACGAGUCUUGCGGAUCUACUGCUGGGUCUUAAAGAUCACCGCCAGAAAAUGUCGUUCAUCUCCAUAGUGGGGGAGAGUGGUGCCGGAAAGAGCACGCUCGGAAAAGAAAUUCACAGCAAAGUGGUUGAAAAUUUCGACAUUGUAGUCUCUUAUACAAUGCCGCCAAAUUGCAGCAUGGAAGAUCUCCUCACACAAAUCUACUGCAUAGCUCAGGAGCAAGCUGGCCGUGCAGCUGAUGAGUUAGAGGGACACGGCAGUAGUGCGUCUUGUGAGGAAGGAGGCAUCAAUAAGCUCCAUGACCUCCUGCGUGACAAGAGGUACCUGCUGAUUCUCGGUGGCAUAUCCUCGAAAAUCAUCCUCAACUGUGUGGCGGCGAGCUUGCCAGACAGCAAAACCAGCAGCUGCGUGGUGCUCUUGUUGGAGCCUGAAAACAAGGAAGUCGCAUCCCAUGCUGCUAACCUGAACCACCCAGAUCACAUCGACGGCGGCACCCACCAGUUGAGCCGUUUGGAUGAAGAAGGGAGCGCGGAUCUGUUCCGUUGGAGGGUCUUUGGCGCGGAGGGAGAGAAGAUGAAGGGCUCGCGGAAGAAGAAGAAGAUCUCGUGGCCGGUCCAGUACUUCCAGUCACAAGGAGAUCAGAAAAACCAGGCCCAGGAAGAAGAGCAAGAGGUAGAGCAGAUGAAAAGAUAUGAAAAGGAUGUGUACCAUAUAACCGGUGGCCAUCCUCUGGCUAUAGUGGUUCUGGCCGGGCUGUUACGGACCAAGGAGAGGCCCGUGGAGUGGGAUGCAGUGCUGCAACACCUCAAGCCAGGAAGGGAAGAAUUAGCACAAGACAACAAUGGUGGUGGGAAUGGGAUAGCAGGUGUUGUUUUGUCAAAAGACAAGUCUGCAGUCGAGUGGGUGGUGCAGCAGAUCGAGAGCCCUGCAGGAGAAGCUAAGCUGUCCAACAGAAUGGCGAUUGAGAGGAUCUUGUCGUCGAGCUUCGACGACCUCCCCCAGGACCUCAAGUCGUGCUUCCUCUACUUUGCCGCUUACCCCAAGGAUCUGACUCAUGGAGCCGAUCGGCUCGUAUGGAUGUGGACGGCCGAAGGCUUCAUCAGACCACACAAUGAUGACAAGACCAUGGAGGAGCUGGGACAAGUUUACCUCCAGGAGCUGGUCUCCAGAUCCCUGGUCGAGUCGGAAAAGUCGACCGACGACAGCUGCGAUGGUAUCAAGCAAGUCAGAGUUCACAACCGCCUCCUCAUGUUCCUGCAGUCCGAGGCUCGCGAGGCUAGCUUCAUCGAGAUGCACGCCAAGAAUGACGUCCUUGCGCCGGCAUCCGUGCGCCGCCUCUCUAUUCAGAAUGACAGCGGCAGAUAUGUCAAAUUCACCAACAACUACAAGUUCCCCAAGCUGCGUUCCUUCAUAUACCGCAUCUCAGAGCAAGUACAAUGCCCCGAUAACAGUGGCCAAGACAUGACUCUGAUGAGGGGAGAAACUACUUUUGAUCUCAAGUUUCUCUGCGGGUCCAAGUUCCUUCGUGUACUCUCCAUGCAGGGAUCGAACCUCACCGAGUUGCCAGAUGAGAUUGGUGACAUGAGUCACUUGCGCUACCUACGUGUUAACUGCAAACAACUGAAGAAGCUCCCGCCCAGCAUAAAAAAACUGCUCAACCUGCAGACGCUCGACAUAAGGACUACCGGUGUCGCUGAGAUUCAUCAAGACUUCUGGCUGAUUAAGACCCUCAGGCAUGUGCUUGCACACAAGCUCACGCUUCCUUUGUUAGUUGAAAACAUGCAAGAACUUGGUGACCUACAGACGCUUCAUGGUGUACAGCUCAAGCAACAGAAAGAAGAUACGCAGCCCUUUUGCGGGUUCUUGAAAAGAAGAAAGUCCGCCCACUAUCCAUUGGACAUGAUGAGCAAACUCCGGUCUCUGGAAAUUUGCGGAUUCAAUCACAAGGAUCAUGCAGAUGCACUGGAGAUUUCUCUCCGUAAGAUGCAUCUCCUUGGGCACUUGAAGCUGGCAGGAGAUCAGAUCCCUUUGUGCGUCUUCACUGAGCCCGGUCUUCAGCGUCUCCAGACCAUGGUGCUAGAUGGCACUGUCGACUGGUCCAAGGUUAUAGAAUUGGACAUUAGCCAUAAAAGGCCCAACCUCAUCAGCGUCAAAGUAAAACAAAUCACAGCUGAGCAGAAGAUAAUCUUAGAUGGAGAGAAUACGAAUGAGACAAAGCUAGGGACUCUGCUUUCUUAUUGAGCAGACUCCAAUUGCUCUUCCAACAGCCGGUUAUUUCUCAGCACUCUUCAUACAAACAAGUCGAAGAGUUUCAGAUCCAAGGUGAUUUGGUGCUUGAUCCAGUUUCUAUUUCUCCAAAUGUGUGUCAUGUGGGGUUGCACUUACCCCUGCCAUGGUUCCACGGGGCUAAUUCAUGUGCUAGUUGAAUUUGCUUGCCAUUUUAAAGAGUUAGAGUUAUGAUCUAGGUCGGAAAGGUUUCGUCACGAAGAAGCUUACCGUGACGACCUGAUCUGUCUGACUAGAUUUGCUUUCUUUUACUCCAAGCUGUAGUUGGGUAUGAUUUGUGAUUGUUUUGCGAUUAGCGAUUAGAAGCUGCGCUGUGAUCCGGCGAUUAGGCAA